AUGGAUUGUACGGAUUUAACGAAUGACUGCGGCGGAAAGGGGAAAGCCAGUCCAUAGCUCCAGCGUCCCGGUGGAUGCUGCGUUCCGGACCGGGGCAUGUGAACCGCACCGGGAUGGUUCUGUACCGCUAAAACACCCGGUUCACCGUCCGUCACGGAGCCAGAGCAGACCCAGCCAUGGCCUCGGACAGCUGCCUGUUGGUGUGGUCCGAUCAGUGUGUCAUCGUGUGUCCCCUGUCGCUCUCUCUCUCUCUGCCAGUCACCCCCGAGGCCCUGGGCUUCCUGACGGCCGUGGCCGUCUUCGUGGUGGCGCUGGGCGUGCUCUUCCUCUUCAUCACCAAGAAGCUCUGCUUCUCCCGGGUGGGGGGGCUGCCCUGCCUGGAGCAGACCGGCCCGGGGCGGAAGACCCGGCGGCACGGGGGGCUUCGUCAGGGUCUCGUCAACAGCUAUGGGCAUGAGGAGGACUUCUAUGAGGAGGAGGGCAGCAGCGCUUCCGACGGGGAGGAGGAGGUGCUGAAGCAGUUUGAGAUCUCCGUCUCGCGCUCCCAUAGUUUCCGCGGCGGGGGCGCCUCCCACCGCGCGGCCGCCCGGGCCCUCUCCCAGCCCGCGGGGGGGGGGCGGGGGCGGGGCCGCCGGGGGUCCGGACACCUCCUCUCCGACCAGGACGAGGUCAGCAGCGGAGCCUCAGAGUGUGGAGACAUGGAGGACCGGAGCUCCCCAGGGUUCCAGGACCCCCCCGUGUCCCUCCAGGUCCUAGAGAGCCGUGAGAGACCCCAGUCCAGCCGCCCAGAGACCCCCAGGAGCCAGACCCCCCGGAGCCAGACCGGGACCUCCCGAAACCAGACCGGGACCCCCAGGAGCCAGACCCCCCGGAGCCAGACCCCCCGGAGCCAGACCCCCCGGAGCCAGACCGGGACCCCCAGCAGCCAGACCCCCCGGAGCCAGACCCCCCGGAGCCAGACCGGGACCCCCAGGAGCCAGACCCCCCGGAGCCAGACCGGGACCCCCAGGAGCCAGACCGGGACCCUGAAGGAGCCCUCGCUGCAGGGGGCCCGGGGCUCCCUGCGCCCUGGGGCCACCCCCACCCCCACCCCCACCCCUAGCCUCCUGGGCCCAGGGUCCCCGGGAGGGGAGGAGCAGGCGGAGGUGCAGGCGGAGGAGGAGAAUGCGGGCUUGGACAACAACGACGCCACCGACAGCUCAUCCACCUGGAGCCCUGAGGGCGAGCCUCCUCCUCUGGGCGACGCCGCGCCCGACGAGCCCGCCGUCUCCCCGGCCCCCCGGGGCCCCCCCGUCACCACCUGCGGCCACCUGCUGCUGUCCCUGGAGUACCACCCCGAGGCGGAGCGGCUCCAGGUGCGGGUGAUCGCCGCGCGGGACAUCCCGGACAAGGCGCGCAGCGGCAUGGACUGCCACCAGGUGCACGUGGUGCUGCUGCCCGCCAAGCGCCAGCGCCGCAAGACCUCGGCCCAGAAGGGCCCGCAGCCGCGCUUCGACGACGCCUUCCGCUUCGCGCGGCUGGACCCGUCGGACCUGCUGCUGUCGGGCCUGCGCUUCCGGCUGUACGCGCUGGGCGGCCGCAUGGCGCGCGAGAGGCUGGUGGGCGAGAGCAUCCUGCGGCUGGGCGGGCUCAACCCCGACGGGGGCACCAUGGAGACCAGCCUGGUGCUGGAGCCCCGGAGCAACCUGAAGUCUCUGGACUCCCAGCUCAGCCUGGCAGUAGCCCCCCCGGGGGAGGGGGUGUCGUCGGGCCAGUCCUUGGCCCACGGGGGGGUCCCGGAGCUGCUGCUGGGCCUGUCCUACAAGGCCACCACCGGGCGCAUGUCGGUGGAGGUCCUGAAGGGGAGCCACUUCCGCAACAUGGCUGUGACCAGACCACCAGAUACCUACUGCAGGCUGGUCCUGCUGAACUCGGUGGGCCAGGAGAUCUCCCGCUGCAAGACGUCGGUGCGUCGCGGCCAGCCCAACCCCGUCUUCAAGGAGACCUUCGUCUUCCAGGUGGCGCUGUUCCAGCUGUCGGACGUGACCCUGAUGGUGUCCAUCUACAGCCGGCGCAGCAUGAAGAGGAAGGAGAUGGUGGGCUGGGUGUCCCUGGGCCAGAACAGCAGCGGGGAGGAGGAGCUUCUGCACUGGGAGGACAUGAAGGACGGCCAGGGCCAGUGGGUCAGCCGCUGGCACAUGCUGCUGGACGCCUAGACACGCCCCCUCUGGCCGGAGGACACGCCCCCACCCCCC